AUGAAGAAAAAGUAUCAAGGCUCUGUCAAAGUGAAGCGAGUUCAACUUCAAGCCUUGAUGAAGGACUUCGAGACUCUACAAAUAAAGGAAGAAGAAUAUAUCACUAGCAAUUGUGGUAGAAACAUGGAGAUUUGUAAUAGGUUGUGGUUCCAUGGUGAAAAGAUGAAAGAUGUCACCAUAGUGGAGAAUAUUUUGCACUCCAUGAUGUCGAAGUUUGACUAUGUCGUUUGCGCCAUUGAAGAGUCAAAAGACAUAGAUGAAUUGUCUUUUAAUGAGUUGCAAAGAUCUUUGUUGGUGCAUGAGUAG